AUGUCCGCGGCGCGCGUUGAUGACGCGCCGUCCCCAGCCCCGGCGCUCAGCGGUUUGAAGCUGCUGGCGCGGCCUCGCCCGCCCGCCCGCGCCAUGUCCGUGCGUCCGUCCACGCCCGCCCCCGCCGUGGCCCCGGCGCUCCGGCCCGUGCUCAGCAUGAAGGUGGACGAGCUCUUCCUGCGCUGGCUCGGCGACCCCCACACUCGCCGGGCUCUGCGCGAGGAGCUGGGCCGGCUGCAGGGGGCGGGGCCCGGCGACGUCAUCAGGGACCGGGGGAGUGGCGGUGACGUCAUCCGGAGCCGCGGCGCCCGGGGAGGAGCGGUCAGGGGUGACGUCACCGCGGUCCGCAGUGACGCCAUCGGGGCCGACGUCGCCAGGGACGACUCCAGGGAAGACCAGGACGUGGUCAGGCGAGGCGUCGCCAGGCGUGACGUCCCCAGGGGCGACUCUGGCAGGGGCAGACACUGCGGGAGUUCAGCGGUACAGACCCGACAGGAGCCCCCGCCGGCCUCGGCCCCCGGCCCCGCGGUCCCCGCCUUCUUCUUCCCCCGCGGGCGCCCGAGGGCGGGGCUGGACGUGGACGGCGUCGUCGCCCGGGUGGAACGCGCGUUUGCAGGGUUCGGGCGCGAGGAGGCGGGGCUCGGGGACAUGGGCGUGGUCGCCAAGGCCUGCGGCUGCCCGCUCUACUGGAAGGCGCCGCUGUUCUACGCGGCGGGCGGGGGACGCACAGGCUCAGUGUCCCUGCAGGCGUUCGUGGCCAUGUGGCGGAACGUGCUGCUCACCUGCCACGAUGACAGCGCCCGCUUCCUGCAGCUGCUGCAGGCGCCGGGGGCCACGGGCCUCGCGCAGGAAGACUUGGUGCCUUUCCUGCAGGACGUGGUGAACACGCACCCUGGCCUCUCCUUCCUCAAAGAGGCGCCUGAGUUCCACUCCCAGUACAUCACCACGGUCAUCCAGCGGCUUUUCUACACGGUCAACCGCUCCUGGUCGGGCAGGAUCACGUGUGCAGAGCUGAGGCGGAGCAGCUUCCUGCAGGCCGUGUCGUCGCUGGAGGCGGAGCCCAACGUGAACCGGCUGACUGGGUUCUUCUCCUACGCGCAUUUCUAUGUCAUCUACUGCAAGUUCUGGGAGCUGGACACUGACCACGACCUCGUGAUUGACAGGGAGGACCUGGGUCGUCAUGGCGACGGCGCCAUUUCCUCCCGGAUGAUUGACAGGAUCUUCUCGGGGGCUGUCACGCGGGCCCGGAAGGCGCAGGAUGGGAAACUCAGCUACGCUGACUUCGUGUGGUUCCUGAUUUCCGAGGAGGACAAGACCACGCCCACCAGCGUCGAGUACUGGUUCCGCUGCAUGGACCUGGACGGCGACGGCGUGCUCUCCAUGUUCGAGCUCGAGUUUUUCUACGAGGAGCAGGCGCGGCGCAUGGAGGCCCGGGGCGUGGAGCCGCUGCCCUUCCGCGACCUCGCGUGCCAGGUGCUGGACAUGGUGCAGCCGCGUGUACCAGGCCGCAUCACGCUGCCCGACCUCAAGCGCAGCCCCCUGGCCGCCGCCUUCUUUGACGCCUUUGUCAACGUGGAGAAAUUCCUGGAGCGAGAGCAGUGGGCGGGGCCCGCGCCGGAUGCUGACCCCACAGGCCCCAAACUGUCAGACUGGGAACGCUACGCAGCGGAAGAGUACGAGAGCCUGGUGGCCGAGGAGGCCUGGGGGGAGGGGGAGAGCCCCGCCCUCCCUGCGGCCCCGCCCCUCACGCUGGCCCCGCCCUGCAGCCCCGCCCUCAGGCCUGAGAGUCCCGUGGAUCUGUACGCGUUGCACUUUCCAGAAUCCCCCAAGGCUGCCGGCCCCGCCCCUCCCUGGCCUCACACAGUCAUUGAGGCCCCGCCCUGUACCCGAUGCUGCCAUGAAGCAUGUCACGUGACUUCCGUGACAGAGUGCAUCAUGGUUGUGGGUGACGAGUACAGCACGGCCUAA